UCUCACGCGAAACCCACGUGGUAGCAGCAGCAGCAGCAGCUCCGGCAUGCCUGAGUCUGGAUCUGAAUUAAAGCGGAACGUCGCUAUGAGUAAAGUUCAAGCUAAGAAAAGAAACGUACAGGAAGAGGAGGAUGAGGAUGAACUCUUCACUCCACUCAGCGGUCAUCUGGAUGACAGCGAUGAGGGGAAUGAUGACCUCUCGGACAGCGAGGAGAGUGUCUUCUCCGGGCUCGAAGACUCAGGAAGCGAUGAUGAGAGUAGCGAUGAUGAUGAUGAUGAAGAGGCAGAAGAAAUCGAUUCGGCAGAAGAAGAGGCAGGUGUUAGUGAAAACGGAAAGAGCACGAGGGAAGCAGAGAGCAGCGAGUCUUUCACGAAGACUGUGGGCAAAGCUCAGACUGAUGACAAAACAGCCAAGAACAGAAAGCCAAAGAAGGAAAAUCGUACGGCUGAAAAGGAUGACACGGAGGAUAAAAGUGUGAAAUCGGACAGAGCCGGUGGCCUUAAUGUGUCUUCUCAGGUGGAUGAGUAUGACCAUGACACUUCAGAUGAAGAGGACAUCCGCAACACAGUGGGCAACAUUCCAAUGGAAUGGUACAAAGAUUAUCCCCACAUCGGCUAUGACCUGGAUGGCAAAAAGAUCUUCAAGCCAAUCAGGAGCAAGGAUGAGCUAGACGAGUUCCUAGACAAGAUGGAGAAUCCUGAUUACUGGCGCACUGUACACGACAAGAUGACUGGCACCGAUGUCCGUCUGUCCGACGAGCAGGUGGAUCUCGUGCAUCGUCUGAAGCAAGGCAAAUUUGGUGACGUUAACUUCAAUGAGUAUGAGCCCGCGAUUGAUUUUUUCUCCAACGAAGUGAUGAUCCAUCCAGUAACCAACAGGCCUGAGGACAAACGCAGCUUCAUUCCGUCUCUCAUUGAGAAAGAGAAGGUAAGCAAGCUGGUUCAUGCCAUAAAAAUGGGCUGGAUCAAACCACGCAGGCCCAAAGACACCACACCUAAAUACUACGACCUGUGGGCACAAGAGGACCCAAACGCCAUCCUGGGGCGUCACAAAAUGCACGUUCCUGCUCCAAAGAUGAGGCUGCCUGGUCACGAGGAGUCCUACAACCCCCCUCCAGAAUAUCUGCUCACAGAGGAAGAGAAACUGGCAUGGGAACAGCAGGACCCAGAGGAUCGUAAGCUGAACUUCUUGCCGCAGAAGUUCUCCUGUCUUCGCGCUGUGCCUGCGUUCUCACGCUUCAUCCACGAGCGCUUUGAGCGCUGCCUCGACCUCUACCUGUGUCCCCGUCAGCGCAAGAUGAGAGUGAACGUGAACCCAGAGGAUUUGAUUCCCAAGCUGCCCAAACCUAAGGACCUGCAGCCCUUCCCCACCACCCUGUCCCUCGUGUACCGUGGGCACUCCAGUCUAGUUCGUUGUAUCAGCGUGUCUCCCAGCGGACAGUGGCUGGUUUCAGGUUCGGAUGACAGCACAGUGCGCUUCUGGGAAGUGAGUACAGCACGCUGCUUGAAGACGAUGGAGAUGAGCGGGGCGGUAAAGAGCUUGGCGUGGAGUCCCAAUCCUGCCGUGUGUCUGGUCGCCGUCAGUUAUGGUGAGACUGUAGUGCUGAUAAACCCUGGGCUUGGAGAUAAACUGAUCUGCAGUGCAACCGAUCAGCUCCUCUCAUCCUACGAGGAGCCUGAGGAGGCCAAGGAGCAGGCGGUACGGUGGGCAGUUGCUGAAGGCAAAGGUCAUGACCAGGGCCAGCGGCUCAUUCUCACACACCCCAAGGUGGUGAGACAGGUAACUUGGCAUAGCAAAGGUGACUACCUGGCCUGCGUUAUGCCCGACGACGGCAGUAGUCUGCAGGUGUUGAUCCACCAGGUGAGCAAACGGCGCACACAGAUCCCCUUCCGGAAGAACAAGGGCAUGGUACAGUGCGUCUCUUUCCAUCCCAUCCGGCCCUACUUCUUCGUGGCCACACAGCGCUACGUGCGUAUCUACAACCUCAUCAAACAGGAGCUCACCAAGAAGCUCAUGACCAACUGCAAGUGGAUCUCCAGCAUGGCUGUGCACCCAGGAGGUGACAAUGUGAUCUGCGGGAGCUACGACUGUCGACUGGCUUGGUUUGACUUGGAUCUGUCUACAAAGCCGUAUAAAGUGCUCCGGCAUCAUAAGAAGGCUCUGAGGAGCGUAGCCUACCACAAGCACUACCCUCUGUUUGCUUCGGGUUCAGAUGAUGGCAGUGUUGUGGUCUCUCACGGGAUGGUCUACAACGACCUGUUACAGAAUCCCCUCAUUGUCCCGGUGAAAGUUCUGAAAGGUCAUACCAUCGCACAUGACCUAGGGGUGCUCGAUGUGGCAUUCCAUCCUACUCAACCCUGGGUCUUCUCCUCGGGGGCUGAUGGAACAGUCCGUCUUUUUACCUAGUCAGCAAGUUUUCUGUAGCUAACUGGAUAAGGAGUGAACGUUUUUUUUCUUGUUUUUUUUUUUUAUUCUACAUUUGUACAACUUUUAGUACAUCUACAUCUUGUUACUCCCAGAAAAUAUGUGCGCUCAGUAUAAUUGCCCUGUCUGUCACAAUUUUAUUAGAAACAUGAGGGAAAAAAACACGUAUUUUUACUUGCUUCACAUCCAUAAACCAAAAACGUGUUCAAUUACCUACAAACCUAAACAGUGAGAGAUCCGGAAGGCCUUUUCCCACACCGGGCCGUGCAGCUGUCUCACGGUGAAGCAAGUAUGAACCGCUAAUCCUUGGACAAUGAGACAACUCAUGGAAAAAAUAUAUAUGUUCAACUGUUAUUCAUGCCAAAAGAUACAAGAAAGAAUAAAGUUCAGGCUGCGAGUUUCAGAAGUCCUUUCUUUACCAAGGCUAAUUUUUCAAUUAAACCCGAGCUCGUUUUACAUCUUGAUUUUGAACUGCUGUGUAAGUCCUUUGCCAGUAUUCGUGAUCAGGCACGUUACAGCGAGUCAUUAAACAUGUUGAGUUGUGAAA